GGUCAAACUUUGCAAAAUUAGGGCUUUUGGGCAAUGACAGAGUAAAGUAGACUUAGCACACUUAUAUAUCAGGGGCUCGUCAAAAUGUGACGGAUGAGAACAUGUGAGAAUAACACAUGCAUGUUUUGAAUUUUGAUACCAGAGGUUGAUGGUCUUGAUGGUCAAAAAGAUAGAAUAGUAGAAAAGAUGGCCGAGGUAGAAUCGGCUUCAGAGAAAAAUAAGGACGAGGAUGAUGAUUUAGACGCUUUAUUAGAUAGUGCAUUGGAGGAUUUUGAAAAGACUCCACCAUCAAAGGAGACUGCCAAAAAAGAAAACAACUUGGAUAACUGUGAAAAAACAACUGAUCCAUUGCUUGAAGAAUGGGGUUUGAGUGAAAGUGACAUUGAAACAGCGGCAGCAGAGUUUGAGAAGUCAAUGAAGAGUAUAUUAGGGGAUGAUAAUGAAUUGCUGAGAGAAUGGAAUGAAUUUGCUGGAAAAGCAACAAGCAGUCAAGAAUCUGAAGUCUAUGAAAAUGGAUCCUUAUCAGAAAAUGCUGAAGCAUUUGAAGCACACAUAUUAAAGACAAUGAAGGGCAUUGCUGAGAAUGCUGAAAGCAUUCCUGGAAACUUGUUAGAUGAUGAGGACAACUUUUUGAAGGCAAUGGCCAACAUGGGAGUAGAUGGACAUGGACCUGAUUUCAAUGCAGGAGUGUUUCCCAUGAUGCAAGGAAUGAUGAUGAACCUUUUAUCAAAAGAUGUUCUUUAUCCUGCUUUAAAUGAAUUGAAAACCAAGUAUCCUACAUGGUUGAGAGAGAAAAAGGAUUCAUUAUCAAGUGAUGUUCAUGAAAAUUAUUCAAAGCAAUACGAGUUAGUUUGUGAAAUAUGUAUGGAAUAUGAAUCUGAAAAGGAGAAAGAUACAGAAGACGUCAAGAAAAAGAGAUUUGACCAUCUAAUGGUAUUGAUGCAAAAGAUGCAAAGAUAUGGUCAACCACCAGAAGAACUUGUCAUGCAACAAGGACAAGAAGCACUUUUUGGAGGAAAUUCAUCAGGAGAUAAAUGCCCAGUUAUGUGACAGAGUUGAAGAAAAUACGUAGUAUCAUUAAUUAAUGGGGAGUAAUUGCUGACAAAGUCACUCAAUUAGUUUCUUGAUUGAUUUGAACUAGAUAGUCAAAAUGAAAUUACUUAUGCGUGGCCAUUUACAUACAAGUACAUAGUAAGUUACCCAUAUAUGGUAUGCCAAAAUUAAUGCAACUGUUAAUGAACAUAGUCAAUGUUUUCUAAAUAAUCCUGUACAUAAUAAGACUUUGAAGGCCUUCUGCGUUUAUAUGUAAUUAUAGGUUGGUGACUUUUAUGAUAAAAACAUAUUUCAUUACAUUCAUGUAUGUACA